UUUUCUCCUUCUUGAGUCCUCUCUGAGUCUCUUCCUGUCACUGUCUGCAUCUCUGUCCCCAUCUCCGGUCUCUGGAUUCACGCUGAGCCUGUCUGUGGAAGCCAGUCACUGUCUUAGUGUCUCUGUGAUCCCCAUUUCUUUUAUUUCUCCUGUCUCUGUGUGGGAUUUCUUGUCUCUCUGCCCCUGCCCCCCUCCUCUUCUCUGUCCUUGGGAGGUGUCCUUUAGGGCCUGGAAGACCCUUCUCGCCGGACCACCUGGAGGAGAGCCAGGACCAGGCACAAGCCAAGGCUGGGACAAUGGCAGUACCCAGCCUGUGGCCUUGGAUAGCAUGGUUGCUUGUGAUCCUCCUCUCCUUGGGAUUCGGCCUGCACACACUUGAGGUGUGCCCCAGCCUGGACAUUCGCUCAGAGGUGGCCGAACUGCGGCGACUGGAGAACUGCAGCGUGAUAGAGGGCCACCUGCAGAUCCUGCUCAUGUUCACAGCCACAGGAGAGGACUUCCACGGCCUCAGCUUCCCACGCCUCACCCAGGUCACUGACUACCUGCUGCUCUUUCGCGUCUAUGGCCUGGAGAGCCUGCGUGACCUCUUCCCCAACCUAGCAGUCAUCCGUGGUGCCCGUCUCUUCCUGGGCUAUGCGCUGGUCAUCUUCGAGAUGCCGCAUCUGCGGGACGUGGGGUUGCCGGCACUGGGGGCCGUGCUGCAGGGGGCCGUGCGGGUGGAGAAGAACCAGGAGCUCUGUCACCUCUCCACCAUUGACUGGGGGCUGCUGCAGCCUGCACCUGGAGCCAACCAUAUCGUGGGCAACAAGCUGGACGAGGAGUGUGCCGACGUAUGCCCUGGCAUGCUGGGCGCUGCCGGCGAGCCCUGUGCCAGGACCACCUUCAGUGGGCACACCGACUACAGGUGCUGGACCUCCAGCCAUUGCCAGAGAGUGUGCCCCUGCCUCCACGGGCUGGCCUGCACAGUGAAGGGCGAGUGCUGCCACGCUGAAUGCCUGGGGGGCUGCAGCCGUCCAGAAGACCCCCGUGCCUGCGUGGCCUGCCGCCACCUCUACUUCCAGGGUACCUGCCACCAGGCCUGUCCUCCAGGUACCUACCAGCAUGAGUCGUGGCGCUGUGUCACAGCUGCGCACUGUGCCAGCCUGCGCUCUGUGCCUGGCCACGCCUCCACCUUUGGCAUCCACCAGGGCAGUUGCCUGGCCCAGUGCCCUCCUGGCUUCACCCGUAAUGGCAGCAGCAUAUUCUGCCAGAAGUGCGAGGGGCUGUGCCCCAAAGAGUGCAAGGUGGGCACCAAGACCAUCGACUCUGUCCAGGCGGCACAGGAGCUGGUGGGCUGCACCCACGUGGAGGGGAGCCUUAUCCUCAACCUUCGCCAGGGCUAUAACCUGGAGCCGGAGCUGCAGCGCGGCCUGGGGCUGGUGGAGACCAUCACUGGCUUCCUGAAAAUCAAGCACUCCUUUGCCCUUGUGUCCCUGGGCUUCUUCAAGAACCUCAAACUAAUCCGGGGGGACGCCAUGGUGGAUGGAAACUACACUCUGUACGUGCUGGACAACCAGAACCUACAGCAGCUGGGACCCUGGGUGGCCGACGGGCUCACCAUUCCCGUGGGCAAGAUCUACUUCGCCUUCAACCCGCGCCUCUGCUUGGAGCACAUCUACCGGUUGGAGGAGGUGACCGGCACGCGGGGGCGGCAAAACAAGGCCGAGAUCAACCCCCGCACCAACGGAGACCGAGCCGCUUGCCAGACUCGCACCCUGCGCUUCGUGUCCAACGUGACGGAGGCUGACCGCAUCCUGCUGCGCUGGGAGCGCUACGAGCCGCUGGAGGCCCGCGACCUGCUUAGCUUCAUAGUGUACUACAAGGAGUCUCCAUUCCAGAAUGCCACAGAGCACGUGGGGCCAGACGCCUGUGGGACCCAGAGCUGGAACCUGCUGGAUGUGGAGCUGCCUCUAAGCCGCACCCAAGAGCCAGGGGUGACCCUGGCCCCCCUCAAGCCCUGGACACAGUAUGCAGUGUUUGUGCGGGCCAUCACGCUGACCAUCGCCGAGGACAGCCCCCAUCAAGGAGCCCAGAGCCCCAUUGUGUACCUACGAACCCUGCCUGCAGCGCCUACGGUACCCCAGGACGUCAUCUCCACGUCCAGUUCCUCCUCCCACCUGCUGGUGCGCUGGAAGCCCCCGAUCCAGCGCAACGGGAACAUCACCUACUACCUGGUGCUAUGGCAGCGGCUGGCAGAGGACGGCGACCUCUACCUCAACGACUACUGCCACCGCGGCCUGCGGCUACCCACCAGCAACAGCGACCCCCGCUUCGACCGCGAAGACGGGGAACUCGAGGCCGAGGUGGAGCCCGGCUGCUGCCCUUGCCAGCACCCACCUCCUGGGCAGGUCCUUCCUCCGCUGGAGGCACAAGAGGCCUCGUUCCAGAAGAAGUUUGAGAACUUUCUACACAACGCCAUCACCAUCCCCAAGUCCCCUUGGAAAGUGACGUCCAUCAACAAGAGCCCCCAAAGGGACUCAGGGAGGUACCGCCGGGCCGCGGAGGCCCCUCGGCUAGCCGGGAACAGCUCGGAUUUCGAGAUUCAGGAGGACAAGGUGCCCCGGGAGCGAGCGGUGCUGAGCGGCCUGCGCCACUUCACGGAAUACCGGAUCGACAUUCACGCCUGCAAUCACGCGGCGCACACCGUGGGCUGCAGCGCUGCCACCUUCGUCUUUGCGCGCACCAUGCCCCACCGAGAGGCUGAUGGUAUCCCAGGGAAGGUGGCCUGGGAGGCGGCCAGCAAGAGCAGUGUCCUCCUACGCUGGCUUGAGCCACCGGACCCCAAUGGACUCAUCCUCAAGUAUGAGAUCAAGUAUCGUCGCUCUGGAGAGGAAGCCACAGUGCUGUGUGUGUCCCGCCUGCGAUAUGCCAAGUUUGGGGGAGUCCACCUGGCCCUGCUGCCCCCUGGAAACUAUUCUGCCAGGGUUCGGGCAACCUCACUGGCUGGCAAUGGCUCCUGGACAGACAGUGUUGCCUUCUACAUCCCUGGCCCAGAGGAGGAGAACUCCGGGGGGCUGCACGUCCUUCUCACUGUCACCCCUGUGGGGCUCAUGCUGCUCGUCAUUCUUGUGGCCCUCGGUUUCUUCUAUGGCAAGAAGAGAAACAGCACCCUGUAUGCCUCCGUGAAUCCAGAGUACUUCAGUGCCUCUGAUAUGUACAUCCCUGACGAGUGGGAGGUGCCUCGGGAGCAAAUCUCCAUAAUCCGGGAACUAGGCCAGGGCUCUUUCGGGAUGGUAUACGAGGGGCUGGCAAGAGGACUUGAGGCUGGAGAGGAGUCCACGCCUGUGGCCCUGAAGACGGUGAAUGAGCUGGCCAGCCCACGGGAAUGCAUUGAGUUCCUCAAGGAGGCCUCUGUCAUGAAGGCAUUCAAGUGUCACCAUGUGGUACGUCUCCUGGGUGUGGUGUCCCAGGGCCAGCCAACUCUGGUCAUCAUGGAGUUAAUGACCCGUGGCGACCUCAAGAGCCACCUUAGAUCUCUGCGGCCUGAGGCAGAGAACAACCCUGGGCUCCCACGGCCCGCGCUGGGGGACAUGAUCCAGAUGGCUGGUGAGAUUGCAGAUGGUAUGGCAUACCUUGCUGCCAACAAGUUCGUUCACCGAGAUCUGGCGGCCCGCAACUGUAUGGUGUCCCAGGACUUCACCGUCAAGAUUGGGGACUUCGGGAUGACUCGGGACGUGUAUGAGACAGAUUAUUACCGCAAGGGAGGGAAGGGGCUGCUGCCGGUGCGCUGGAUGGCCCCUGAGUCUCUCAAAGAUGGAAUCUUCACCACCCACUCGGAUGUCUGGUCCUUUGGCGUGGUGCUCUGGGAGAUCGUGACCUUGGCCGAACAACCCUACCAGGGCCUGUCCAAUGAGCAGGUGCUCAAGUUUGUCAUGGACGGCGGGGUUCUGGAGGAGCUGGAAGGCUGCCCCCCUCAGCUGCAGGAGUUGAUGAGCCGCUGCUGGCAGCAGAGCCCGCGCCUGCGCCCCACCUUCACCCACAUCCUAGACAGCAUACAGGAGGAGCUGCGGCCCUCUUUCCGCCUCCUCUCCUUCUAUUACAGCCCAGAGUGCCAGGGGGGCCGGGCUUCCCUGCUGCCCACUGAGGCAGAGCCCGACUCCCCCCCUGCCCCAGGAGAGGCUUCCUCAAACUUCAGCCCCCCAAAUGGGGGUCCAUGGCACUGAGGGGCACCCCGUUCCCUGAUGACUGGCCUCCUUCCUGUGGGCAGAGAGGAAGGAACCCAGCCUUGCUGCCAUGGGAUGUCCAGGUGUUCACACCUCCACCCCACACUCAGGACAGAGGUGGCCAUGGGUGGGGCAGGAGCAGAAAAGGUUGGAUGCAGGGGGUAUCAGAGCCAACCCACUGCAGGAAAGAUUUUCUCAGGAGUCUGAGUUCUCUGUGAGAAAGUAAGCAGGAUCACAACAGGGGGACCAGGAGUUAGUCCGGGGAUUAGACUUUUCCUGGUCCUCAAAGUAACUCUGCUCAGACUAGCAAGAAAGGGACUGCCCACCCUGAAGGCAGGAUCCAGAGAACCCUACCCUCAGCGUUGGGUCUCUUCUGGACAUCCAGGGCCGUCACCACAUUCUGAAACCAGAUGAGCAGUCAGAACCAGGCCUGGAGUCUUCUCCAUCAAUGCUUGGGGUGCUGGGGGUGGGGGUCCAUAUGACUGCUCUUCUUACCACUAGGUAAGAUACCAGGUGCAGGGGGUAUCACAGCAGACUCCCAGCAUGCCCCCUAACAGGCCUGCCCUCUCCUCCACCCACCCAUCAAUCAGCUCUUCCUCUCCCUGCACCCCACCCAGGGACCCCCAAGCUUGGUGCUCCUCCACCCUUUUCUCCAGGGGCAUCCCUUGGGGCAGAUUCAGCCCAUCCCCCAAUCUCUUCCCCUUCCAUCCCCCUCCUACCCUGGAUUAUUAAGUCUUUAAGAGCCUUGUCUUCCUCCCUUCCCUCACCCUUGCCCCCCACCCCCUCCUCUCAUGGGAAG